AUGUUGUCGAGGGCUUGCAUCCGCAGCUUCGGCCUGGCUGCUGUCUCUCGGAGACAAGCCUAUGUCGCCGCCCGGAGGACUGUUACCACCGAUGCUGCUAGCUCGCAUGCUGAGAAGGAUGAUGUCCCAGAUGACGAUGAUGCGCCAUUCCCCGUCAAGCUCUCAGACGAAUCCUUCGAGACCUACGAGCUCGACCCUCCUCCUUAUACUCUCGAUACCACCAAGAGAGAACUAAAGAAGAUGUACUAUGAUAUGGUUGCUGUUCGCCGUAUGGAAAUGGCCGCCGAUCGUCUCUACAAAGAAAAAAAGAUUCGCGGUUUCUGCCAUCUUUCUACGGGUCAAGAGGCCGUCGCUGUCGGCAUCGAACACGCCAUCACUCCCGACGACGCCAUUAUCACCGCUUACCGAUGCCACGGCUUUGCUCUCAUGCGCGGCGGCACUGUCCGGUCCAUCAUCGGCGAGCUGCUUGGUCGCCGCGAAGGUAUAGCCUACGGUAAGGGUGGCUCCAUGCACAUGUUUGCGAAGAAUUUCUACGGUGGCAACGGUAUCGUCGGUGCGCAAGUGCCCGUAGGCGCCGGCAUCGCUUUUGCCCACCAAUAUACUGGCAGCAAGACCACCACGCUUGCGCUCUACGGCGAUGGUGCUUCCAACCAGGGCCAGGUCUUCGAGGCCUUCAACAUGGCCAAGCUAUGGAACCUGCCCAUCCUUUUCGGGUGUGAGAACAACAAAUACGGAAUGGGUACAUCCGCCGCUCGAUCUUCCGCUCUGACCGAAUACUACAAACGCGGCCAAUACAUCCCUGGCUUGAAGAUCAACGCCAUGGACGUCCUGGCUGUCAAGGCUGCAGUACAGUACGGUCGCCAAUACACUGUCGAAGAGAAGGGUCCUCUGGUUCUGGAAUACGUCACGUACCGCUAUGGUGGUCACUCCAUGUCAGACCCUGGAACUACGUACCGUACCCGUGAAGAGAUUCAGCGCAUGCGCAGCACGAACGACCCUAUUGCUGGCCUCAAGCAAAAGAUCCUAGAUUGGGGCGUCUGCAGCGAAGAUGAGCUGAAAUCCCUGGACAAGAAGGCACGCGAGGAUGUUGACAAGGAGGUUCAAGAGGCUGAGGCAAUGGACGUGCCACCAACCACACCUCAAGUCCUGUUUGAGGACAUCUACGUUCGGGGCUCCGAGCCAGCAUACCUGAGAGGGCGGACACCCGAUGAGACCUUCUACUGUAAGUUGCCUUAA